CAUGCACGCGGCGGUAAGAGUGCGAGUUCAUAGGCUUACUUUUGGCCUAAUUUAUGGAUAGGAAAUUUUCUAUAAAACCUCAUAGCAAUAAUAUAUUUACAUAUAUGUAAGUGAAUUGGAUCUGACUGCAUAUUACUACUGUCAACAGGUCCGCGUGCAAUGGCUGAUCCAUCCAGUCCUUAAAACAUUAUAGUCCAUACGUAUUAUGGACCCUUCCAUAAAGAUUAAACCAGAGCCAAUUGAUACCGAAUACGAACAAGCAUCCACUAAUUCUCCAGUUAAUUACAGCAGAUCAGGAAAAAACUCUUCACCUUGGGGAUCAACAUCUCAAAUCAGAGACGUCAUGUCAAAGGGAAAGGAUUCCAACGCACCCAAACUGCGUAACGUUGUUGACAGUUUAUUGCAAAAAAAUGAACAGCUUCUGGCUCAAAAUGAUGCAAUUGCUUUUAAACCAAAUCCUCGGAUGUCGCGCAUGAAUUAUGACUCGAGAAAAUCAGAAGCCGGUAUUUUGUGUGACAGCACAUUUCUAGUGUCUCAGUCGUCACAAGCUAGAAUAACCAAAAGUCGCGGCAAGGAACAGGACCUCGUAGCAGGAAGGCUAUUACGACCGCGUAGUCCGACAAGGCGAUGCACUCUUGCAGAAAAGGACAAAAAUCAUUUGAACAUGGCAAUAAUGGAAUCAAAACUGCAAGACAGGGAUAGUGAAAAGGUCUUCCGCGUUCAAAAACAUGAUUUAGUGUCGGCCAUUUCAUGUAAGGCCAUGUUUUCUUCGCAAGAAGGAAAAAUAGCCGCAAAUAUUGACUUGACCUACUAUUGGUGUAAUUUCUGUCCAUAUGUUUCGACGAGUAAACCAGCUCUUCUAAGUCAUAUCAUGGAUCAUCGCUUUAAUUGUAAAUACUGUAAAUAUCAGUCAUUUUCGCGGGCUGACGUAAUAAGACAUUCGACGAGGCAACACGAGGAAUUUUCUGGCAUGGCUACAUCGUUGAAAUAUUGUACGUUGCUUUCCGAUUAUUUACAAGUCAAAACACAGUCUACAGAGGAAGAGCGAAAGAGAGCAGCCGAAGAUGACAGCGAAGAUAAUCCAAGCAAAGUUCGUCGCGUUGAGGACGAAAACGAUGAGGAUAGCAAUUCCAGUUCGUGCAAUGGCAGUCAGUCUGAUAAAAUUCAUAAUAAUGAAGAUUAUGAGUUUUUCGAUAUGGAAGUAGAAGAAAUUGAAGAAAGUAAUGACCAUGGAGUCGUGACAGAAGAACCAAUGGAGGACCUUCCCCAGUUGCCUCAAAUAUCGUCGAAUUUCAAUAAUAGCAAUACCAGGCCGAGGAACACGGCUAUUAGAUCUAAGCCCUUCACAACUCCACAACAACAUUCACCAAGCCAAAAUUAUUCAAGCGAAGCCACAGCCAUGCAAAUUGUUCCAAAUAUAAUGGGUCACCAGGCAACAGUGCAGACGGUUUCGACCCCAACGUCCAGUAACAAUCGCCCUGCUAUAAAACCCAGAGCUAAGAAUACACCGCUACAGAAAACGCCCACAAAGCCGGGAUCCACAGUAUCAUCAAGUCUGUAUUGGAGUUGUGGUUAUUGUAGCUUUAAAAGUGACACUCAGUGGAAAAUUAAACAUCAUUCUGUGUCAAAGCACGCUGGUAAACCACAUCGCUACGUCGCGCUAAUCCUUCCAGCCGGGGCUACAGGCUUAAAUCAGGAAGAAGACAAUGAAUCAUCAUCAAGCGCCACCGAGAAAGAUUUAGAACUCGAUGUUGCUGAAGAUUCAGACGACUCGAACUCAAAUCAGUCGUCAGGUAAACGUUCAAUUAAUGGAAAGCAGACAGCAAGAAAAAGUGGAAAUGGUUCCUGGAAAGUGAAUAUAAAGUAAAAGUAAAGAGUAACAAAGCAGCUUUAAAAAAGCAAAUCAAAAGACAAAACAUACCCAGAAUCUUCAUGUGUAUUGGAAUAUGUAAAGUUACAACUUUGAAGUUGAUAUCGAUGACUUACGAACAAAAAACUUUAUGAAUGAAAAUAUUUGAUACAAACUGAUCAAAGUCGUCAUUUCAUAUACAUAUUGUUUAUUAGUCAGUUAAAAUCAUUACGUAGGUGUCACUAAGUUCUUUAAACCGUGACUAUUGAAUACUGUAAAACAUGAAAUUAUUGCGACAUGAAAUUAUUGCGAGUUGGGGUGGUGAAACAUAAUUGCGACAUGAAAUUAUUGCGAAUUUCUAUAGUGGGGAAAAAAUUAUUGUGACAUGAAAUUAUUGCGAAUUUAUAUAAUUUUUUUUUAAGUAAAUUUGUCUAUAAAAUGUGGUAGAUUGUUAAUUUUGAGGUGACAGUCGGCUCUUCAAAACAUCGGUUGAUUGGUGAUCAUUAGUAACAGCAAAUAGUGUAAACUUGUCAUUUUGUACCAACCUUCGAUACUUCUGUCUACCAUUGUGAUGCAUUUGAUAAUAUUUAUCCAUUUUUGUGAAGAAAAUCGAUGAAUUAAUUUUAUUUUAUCAAAAAAGCACAUGAACAAAAAAACACCGCUAAUUUUAUCUCCUAUUUACAGGGGGUGUAACUCUGUAUGUAAUAUUAUAGGAGGCACUAAAAUGUCUGUUUAACAAUAAAGUGGCAAUGGAAAAGAGAUACUAGAUGAUCGUGACAAAACUCGGUACUUUUAUUUUAUUCAAUCAGUAUCAAAAAAUGUGUGGUUACGCGUGAAAACAAUGACCAGGUUAGUUGUUUAAUAAAACAAAAGAUUAAUUAAUAGAUAAUCCCGGGUUACAUUUCUUUUUACCUGAUCAGUGGGAGUCCAGUUAAUUAACUACUACUCACGGGAUUAGCAGGGAUGUUACAAAGAACGACAAGAUGGUAACAUUCAACAAUGGCCGUUGAAUGGGCUAUUUUUGUUAAAUUUAUUUGUAAAAUAGUGACCGCUGGCCGCUUUAGAGGAGUGACCAUUGAAUAAAGAGAUGAAACAACAGAAUUUUUACGGGGGGAAUUUAUCGUGACCGUUUACAAGGAGAUGUCGCUGAAUAGGAGUGGCUGCUCAUACAGAUUCUAAUGUACUUAUUGGGACUCUUUUGUGUGAAGAGUAAUGAGGGGGGAGUAAUUCAAUAUGGCCGACAUUUUAACGAAUUUUCACGAAAUUAUUGCGAACAUGGAAUUAUUGCGAGAGGGCCUCGCUCGCAAUUUUCGCAAUAAUUUCAUGCUCGCAAUAAUUUCAUGUUUUACAGUAUACCACUAUUGGUUGGGUUAGUAAAUGUAUAAUUUCUAACCACUUUCUAUACAUGUACAUACUAAACAUUGUUGUAUAAUCUGGUUUUAUGGCAAAAGUUGUUAUUACUAUUGAAUGAUAUAUACCACUAUUGGUUGGGUUUGUGUAUUCAAUAGUGCUGGGUAUUAAAAUUAGAAUUGGGUACUAGAAGUGGCAUCUUUUACUAAUUAAUGACAACUAUAUAAUUUCUAACAUUACAGAUCAGUUUAAAGUAAUGGUCCAUUGUUUGAUUUAAUGACAAAAAUUUUCAUUACUAAACGUUCUAGGUUCAUAAGUCAUUGGUAUCAGGGGCCUUUUUCACGAAAUUUUAACUAAGAUAAAAUCCAAAUUUUAGUAAUUUGAUUGGGUAUUAUUAGAUUGAUUUUAGUGCUUAGCCAAUCAAAACUGAAGUAUCUACUAAAAUUUGAAUUUUAUCUUUAGUUUAGAUUUCGAGACACAGGGCCCAGCUUAACAGAGAUAUACAUGUAUAUAUGUAAUCAUUAAUGUGUCCCUCUUGGGUUGAGAAAUUUUUGAAAAAUUCCAAGAAUAAUCAACUCAACCACAGUUUCAUGUCUUCAAUUGUCUUCACAUGUCCUGUUAUAGAUAAUUGUAUAUUAGUCUGAUUUCACACAAAAUUUGUGUUAAUAUUUUGUAGAUUAGAUUUUAAAUCAGUGACAGUCCUGUGUUGUCAAUCAACAAUAAAACAUCUAUUGUUCUUUUGUUAGUCAAACUGAUUGGAUUUGUCUCGGCCUGCUCCUAAACAUUAAUAAUAUGUACUGUACCAUUAUUGGCUUGAAUAUUUUUGAUAAGCAAAUAUGUAUUUUAUAUCCCAGGUUAUUGCCCAAUGUUAAUCUUAUUGUAGAUGUAAUGUGGCAUUAGGUAUAAGAAAGCAAAUCCAAAAUUUACACAUAACAAAAAAAAGAAGUUAAAAUGAUAAUCUUUUAUGAAAAUGAAUUGCACAAACAUAGUUAUAUAGGCUGUGGCUCCAACCCAACUUUAGGAUAUUGCACAAAAAGGUAUAUAAUAUAACUACAUGUACCUUUCCCCAUUGUGUAUUCCAAAAUACAUGUACUCUUUUUAUUCCCUCUCAAAGAAGGUAAUACCGUUAAAUCCAAUAUAAGGGAGGUAACUCAGUUAAUAUUGAAAGCCAGGGUAUUGAUACAAGUUAAAGUUAGACACAACUCUUUUGGUGUAGGGUACAGAUUUAUCGUUUUUCAGUGUUUUAUGAAUAUAGGUCCAGCACAAAGUUCAAAUAGUCAGCUAAUAGUUGAUUCGUGCCUAACAUUUUGUAAGGUACAACCAAAAGCAUUAUUUCCAGGUCUGUACUGACAACUUUUUUGUAUUAAAAGUUGGUGAAGUUUGUCCAUUAGGAUCAAAUUGUUAAUCACUCCAACCUCUGCAUUUAUACAGUUCAUUUUUAAUCAGCAGAUCCAUCCACUGCUAAUUUGUAGUUACUUAAGGAGAAAAAUCUGAUUAUAUAUACCAACUAUUUGAUUCACAUAGAUGUAACUGUGUUUUGUUUACUCCGUUACUAUGACAAUAGAUUAUGUGUAUAUACAUUUAUGUUCGUUUUGUGUAUAUAUUAUGAAUUGUAAUCAUGUGUUUUGUAUAUUCAGCUAUUCAUUUAAAAGAUCAUGGCUUAGACAAUAAACAUGUAGUAUCAUCUAAAUAUCAACAAAAUCUGUCACUUAUCUUUAUAAUGAUAAUAAUAAUAUCUUUAUUUCGAAAAGGGUGAACAAUCUAGGUCUGUAUGUAUGAACCUUUCUGACACGUUGUGCCCUUUAUAACAAAAGCAAAACAGAAUGAAAAAUAAAUACAACAACAGUUAUCAAUUGAUAUGAAUAUGAACAUUUAAAAAAAACACCCCCACCAUCGCCACGACUCUUGAUUCAGUCCUAUUUAGAAGUCUUGACUGAGUGGCAGUAUAAUUGACUGGUUAGAGAACUUCCCAGUCAUGCCAUGAAAUUAGAAUUUUAAAGAAAUUGAUAACCUUUAAACACAAUGAAUACAGCUAAAUUUAUAGUUUUUAUGUGGAUAAAACCCUUAAAAAAUGUUUAUAUAAAUUUAUUUCCUUCAGAUAAAUAUUUGAAGUGAAAACAAUUAGGUCAAAACAUAAUCAUCUGGCAAGUGUAUUGGGAAUCUUAUACAAGAUUUUUAAAAAAUGAAAUAUAUCUAUACAAGUCCAUAAGAUAAAAAAUAUCUGCAAUGCAGAAGAUAAUUAUGUGAUGUUUUUGAUAUAAAAUACUUUUGCCAAUUAUUUUACCUAUAGAAUCUUCUAUGUGAUGUUUUUGAUAUAAAAUACUUUUGCCAAUUAAUUUACAUAGAGAAUCUUCUAUGUGACUUUGUUUGAUAUAAAACAUUUUUGCUAAUUAUUUUUACUUGAAUCCAUGAGUAAAUAUUGUUUUAUUUGGUUUGAAAAGACAUCAUAAGAUAUCUCCAACCUUGUGGGUGUACUCCGGUUUCCUCACAUUGCUAAGUUAUCUCCAACCUUGCGGCGGUUUCCUCACGUUGCUAAGAUAUCUCCAGCCUUGUGGGUGUACUCUGGUUUCCUCACACUGUUAAGAUAUCUCCAGCCUUGUGGGUGUACUCCAGUUUCCUGGCACUGUUAAGAUAUCUCCAGCCUUGUGGGUGUACUCCAGUUUCCUGGCACUGUUAAGAUAUCUCCAACCUUGUGGGUGUUCUCUGGUUUCCUCCCACUGCUAAAGACAACUACAUGCAAGCUAAUUAUUGAAAUGAAAUUGUAAUGAAUGUUAGUCCCGAAGUAACCUAGUUUAUGUCAUGGGACAUUAUGGUCUUUGGCAAUAAAUAUAAUUUCCCCAGUAGUUUGAAUAUGUUUUCCAGUCGCAGGUCAUGUCAUUAUUAUCUUGACAAUGUUGGAAAUAAAUCUGAAUAUGAAAUGAAAGGAGAUUUAAUUCCUACAGUUCUGCUCCGACUGGGCUCAUGAAGAAAACAGAACACAACUUAUACCAAAAUGGCAAAAUAGUAAAAUGCAUGUAAGAAGGCUUUAAUUUUAAUUAUACAUGUAUCUUUGAUUUGUAAAAUUGAUAAUUAAAAUAAUAUUUAAUAAUUUC